CACAUGGCGGGGCACAACAAGGAGAAGCGUUAUGAGUGCGACGUGUGUGGCAAGGCCUGGCAGUACCCGUGCGAGCUGGAGAUCCACCAGCGGGUGCACACGGGGGAACGUCCCUUUGACUGCUCGGACUGCGGCAAGAGCUUCAAGACGGCGAAUGUCCUGGAGACCCACCGGCUGUUGCACACGGGCGAGAAGUCCUAUGACUGCUCCACCUACGGCAAGAGCUUUACCCGGUUGUCAGGGCUGCGGGUGCACCGGCGGGUGCACAGCAGUGAGCUGUCCUUCACCUGCUCUGACAGUGGCAAAGGCUUCAAGUCGUCCACGAACCUGAAGGUGCACAGACGCCUGAACACCGGGGAGCGGCCCUACACCUGCACCCAAUGCGGCAAGGGCUUCACCAGACCCUGCAUCCUGCUGAAGCACCAGCGCAUCCACAGCGGCGAGCGCCCCUACACCUGCGCCCAGUGCAGCAAGGGCUUCACCAACUCUAGUCACCUGCUGGAGCACCAGCGCACCCACACCGGCGAGCGCCCCUAUACCUGCACCCAGUGCGGCAAGGGCUUCAGCCAGUCUAGUCACCUGCAGAAGCACAAGCGCACCCACACCGGCGAGCGCCCCUACACCUGCGCCCAAUGCGGCAACGGCUUCAGCCAAUACAGCUAUCUGCAGACGCACCAACGCACCCACACCGGCGAGCGCCCCUACAUCUGCGCCCAGUGCAGCAAGGGCUUCACCCAGUCUGGUCACCUGCUGGAGCAUCAGCGCAAGCACACCGGCGAGCGCCCCUACACCUGCACGCAAUGCGUCAAGGGCUUCACCCAGUCUAGUCACCUGCUGGUGCACGAACGCACCCACACCGGCGAGCGCCCCUACACCUGCGCCCAGUGCGGCAAGGGCUUCACCAGACCCUGCAUCCUGCUGAAGCACCAGCGCAUCCACACCGGCGAGCGCCCCUACAUCUGCGCCCAGUGCAGCAAGGGCUUCACCAACUCUAGUCACCUGCUGGAGCACCAGCGCACCCACACCGGCGAGCGCCCCUACACCUGCACCCAGUGCGGCAAGGGCUUCACCCAGUCUAGUCACCUGCAGAAGCACAAGCGCACCCACACCGGCGAGCGCCCCUACACCUGCGGCCAGUGCAGCAAGGGCUUCACCAACUCUAGUCACUUGCUGGAGCACCAGCGCACCCACACCGGCGAGCGCCCCUACACCUGCACCCAGUGCGGCAAGGGCUUCAUCCAGUCUAGUCACCUGCAGAAGCACAAGCGUACCCACACCGGCGAGCGCCCCUACACCUGCGCCCAGAGCGGCAAGGGCAUCAUCAGCUCCAGCAGCCUGCUGAUGCACAAGCACGUGCACACCCGCGUGCGCCCCUACACCUGCGCCCAGUGCGGCAAGAGCUUCACCCGUUCCUCCAACCUGCUGUCCCACGAGCGGAUUCACGCUGGCGACCAUCCCGUCCCCAGCCUGGUGUGUGGAGAACACUUUGCCACAGCCUCCCACGCCCUGUCUCACCAGCACGUGCACACCAGUGGCCAGCCCUACGACUGCCCGUACUGUGGUGAGUCGUUUGACAGCUCGCGGGGGUUGCGGCAGCACCGGCGGGGGUUUCACCCGCAUGUUCAGUCUGUGACAACACCGGAGUACCCACAGCGGUGA